UAAAGUCCUUUAAGAACCAGCUAUCUCCUUAUGAGCAAAGUGAAAUCUUGGGCUACACAGAGCUGUGGUUCCUGGGUCUUGAAGCUGAGAAGCUCAAAGUGGAUCCUGAGAACUUCAGCGAGACAGGCUUUGAUGACAAGCAUGGCUCCUACAAGAAGGUCCUGCAUGACCACAUCGCCUACCGCUACGAGGUUCUGGAGAUGAUCGGGAAAGGGUCCUAUGGACAGGUGGCCAAGUGCCUGGAUCACAAAAGCAAUGAGUUGGUGGCCCUGAAGAUCAUCAGGAACAAGAAGAGAUUUCACCACCAGUCCCUGGUGGAGCUGAAGAUCCUGGAUGCUCUCAGAAGGAAGGACAAAGACAACACCCACAACGUAGUGCACAUGAAGGACUUCUUCUACUUCCGCAAUCACCUCUGCAUCACCUUUGAACUCCUGGGAAUCAACUUGUACGAGUUGAUGAAGAAUAACAGCUUUCAAGGCUUCAGCCUGUCAGUAGUUCGACACUUCACCCUCUCUAUUUUGAAGUGCUUGCAAAUGCUCUAUGUAGAGAAAAUCAUUCACUGUGAUCUCAAGCCUGAAAAUAUAGUGCUAUGCCAAAAGGGCCAAGUCUCCAUUAAAGUUAUUGACUUUGGAUCAAGCUGUUAUGAACACCAGAAAGUAUACACGUACAUCCAAAGCCGGUUCUACCGAUCCCCAGAGGUGAUUAUGGGCCACCCCUACGACAUGGCCAUCGACAUGUGGAGCCUGGGCUGCAUCACGGCGGAGCUGUACACGGGCUACCCUCUGUUCCCCGGGGAGAAUGAGGUGGAGCAGCUGGCCUGCAUCAUGGAGGUGCUGGGCCUGCCGCCAGCCCGAUUCAUUCAGACAGCCUCCAGGAGACAGAAGUUCUUUGAUUCCAAAGGUUUUCCUAAAAAUAUAACCAACAAGAGGGGGAAAAAGAGAUACCCGGAUUCCAAGGAUCUCACGAUGGUGCUGAAAACCUACGACAUGAGCUUCCUGGACUUUCUCAGAAGGUGUUUGGCAUGGGACCCUUCUCUUCGAAUGACCCCUGACCAGGCCCUCAAGCAUGCUUGGAUUCGUGAGCCACGAAACCUCGAGCCACGAAACCUCAAACCACAGCCCAGGCCUCAGACUCUGAGGAAAUCCAGUUUCUGUUUCCCCUCUGAGACAAGGAAGGACAAGGUUCAAGGAUGUCAUCACUCAGUCAAAAAAGCAGAUGAGAUCACUGAAGAGACGACAGACAAAAUGAAAGAUGGCACCACUAACCAAGCAUGCUGAAAUUCAGUUCAGGUGGUCAGCAGGGCUCUCUCCGGCACACAGCUGAUGCUGUCCAGCUGCCCCAUCUAGCAAAAGCUCCUGGAAAGCCAGAGGCAGUUGUUGGGCCAGACGUGUCCUUGACCUCCACAGAACAACAGAGCAAAAACUUCUCUUCCAAGAACACAAAUAUUUCACCACCUAUUGUAUGACCUUUGCUGAGGGUGUGUCCUAUUCCUUUCCGCCAAUGAUUUGUAUUAGAGACAGCAGUUAUAUUGUACCAUACUUAGAUUGUUGGGUUUUUAAUGCAUAAAGGUUUAUUUUAAAAA